AUGUAUAUCGAAGAAAUAAUUCUGGAUGGCUUUAAAAGCUAUCCAACUAAAACAGUAAUAGGGCCAUUUCACCCACAGUUCAAUGCAAUAACUGGGUUGAACGGAAGUGGGAAAUCAAACGUUUUAGAUGCAAUAUGUUUCGUUAUGGGGAUUAAUAAUUUGAACUUAAUUCGAGUAAAUAGAUUAGACGAAUUAAUAUAUAAACAAGGACAGGCUGGAAUAACAAAAGGAAGUGUAACAAUAAAAUUUAACAAUGAAGAAAAACCAAGUCCAUUGCAAGAACCAUAUAGAGAUAUGAAAACUAUUACUAUAACAAGACAGAUUGUUUUAGGAGGUCGUAAUAGAUAUUUAUUAAAUAGUCAUAAUGCUAAACCAAAGGAUAUUAGUGAUUUUUUUCAAUCCCUAAAAUUGAAUAUUAACAAUCCACAUUUUUUAAUAAUGCAAGGGAAGAUAACAAAAGUUAUAAAUAUGAAACCAGCUGAAUUACUUGGAUUAAUUGAAGAAUCUAGUGGCACCAAACUUUAUGAAGUUAAAAGAACAAAUGCUAUAAAAUUAAUGGGUAAAAAAGAUCAGAAAUUAGAGGAAAUAAACAAAGUAUUAGUAGAUGAAAUUGAACCUACUUUAACAAAAUUAAAAAAAGAAAAAGAAGAAUAUAAUAAAUUUAUUAGCAAUAAUGAAGAAAUAGAGAAAUAUGAAAAAAUAGAAAUUGCUUAUAAGUACUAUGUUGCUAAGAAUAUGAUGGAAAAGAGUCAAGAGAAAAUUGAAGAUGCCACUGAUGAAAGGAAAAGUUUAGAAAAAGACAUUAAAGAUAUUGAUAGAGAAAUAGAAAAAUAUAAAAAAGAAAGGGAAAAAUUAUCUAGUAAAACACAUGUUGCUAGUGAACCCAUGAAAGUUCUCAUAGAUGAAAAAGAACAAUUGGAAAAAAGAAUUUCUCAUUUAAAAUCAGAGUCUAAAAUAGAAGGAAAGGAAAAGGAAAAAGAAAAGAAAAAAAAAGAAGAUAUAAAAAAAGAAAUAAAAAGUAUUGAAAAAAAGUUAAAUGAUUAUGAAAAAAAUGACGAAAGGAAUAACAAAAAUUUAAAGUCAUACGAAGAUCUAAAAAAAAAAAUAGAGUUAUUAAAGGAAGAAUUAAAUGAAAAACAAACAACUAUUAACUGUCUACUUAGUGGAGGUAUUAAUAACAGUGAGUAUACAGGAUCUUUUAGAGAACAGGUUAAAAACAAUAAAACCAUAUUGAGCCAAAUAGAAACACAGAUAAACAAUUUGUUACAAAAUAAUAAACAUAUGGAAAAGGAAAUUAUCAAUUUAAAAGAUCAAAGAAAAAAAUUUGAAAAAGUGUUUAACGAAAUAAAUAAAGAAAAAGAAAUGGAAGAAAAAAAAAAAAUAUCAUGCGAGACACAAUUGCAAAAAUUAAAUGAAGAACAUAACAAUUUUCAAGAAUUACAAGCAUUACAAGAAGAAAAAUCUAUUCUAUCAAAUGAAAUAGAAAAAUUACAACAAGAAAUGCAAGUAUUAAAAAAUUUAAUCAAUCAUUUAAAAAUCGAUUUCAAAAUACCCAGUAAUAUAAACAAAGCAGAUGUUCUUGGUCAAAUAUAUGAACUCAUCAAAAUUAAGAAAGAGUAUAACAACACAGCUUUGGCAAUUCAUUUAAUACUAGGGGGAAAAUUAUCAUACAUACUGGUUAAGAAUAAAGAAUGUAGUAAGGGAUUAUUUGAAUAUAAUAACUUUGCAAAAGGAAGUAGAAGAGUGACUUUGCUGCCACUACAAGACUGUGUAAUAUCACGAGAUAUAAAUGAAAAAAAUGUCGAAGAAUGUCGAAAAAAUGUCGGAGUAGACAUAAAAGACAAAAAGGAUAUUAUCCACUUUUUAGACAUUAUGGAAUAUGAUAAAAGUUUAGAAAAGCUUGUUAAAUACCUGUUUAAUGGAACCAUAAUAUGCUCCAACGUGGAUUUUUGUAAAAAAAUUACCUAUAAUUCUAAUAAAAAAUUAUCAUUCCCUACUAUAUCAUUGGAGGGUGAUAAAUUUGAUACGUCUGGGAGUAUGUCAGGAGGUUCCAAUAAAAAUAUUAACUUAUUUUUAUUACAUUAUGAAAAAUAUGAAAAUAAAAAAAAAGAAUAUUUUGAGAAAGAUAACAAGUUGAAGGAAAUAAAUGGAAAAUUAGAAAUAUUAGAAAAAGGAGAAGAAAAGAAGAAAAAAAUUUUUAAAGAUUUACAAAUUUACACCAACAAUUUAUGUAAUAUAGAAAACAGAAUAGAAACCAGUAACUAUGGAAAUAUAAGUAAAAAAAUUGAAGAAUCUAAGGAUGAAAUUGAAAAAGGGAGAAAAGAAUUAAAUGAAUUAUAUGCAAAACAAAAAAAGUUAACCGAAGUCAUACGUAAAAUUGAAAAGGACAUUUCAGAAUAUGAGAGUAAUAAAGAUAAAAAGGAAGAAGAUUUCAAAGAUACUGUUAAAAAAAUAAAAAAUAAAAUAAAACUAUUAGAACAUGAUGAACACAAAAAAAAGGAAGAAGAUGAUGGAGUUCUAUUACAAAUAGAGAAUUAUAAAAAACAAAUGGAAAAAGAAAGUAAUGAUUUGAUUAUUGCUGAUAAAACAAUAAGCGAAAUUGAUAAAAGGAUUUUAGAAAUUGAAAAUAAUAUAAAUAUCGCAUCAGAGGAUAUGAAAAAGGUAGACAAUAAAAUUAUCGAACUUCAGGCUAGCUUUACCACGUACGAAAAUGAAAUCAAACAAGUAAUUAAAAAAGUGGAAGAUCUGGAAAAAAAAAAAAGUGAAGACAUGCUCAACAUGAAAAAACUAGAAAACACAUUAAUUGAUUUACAAAAAGAAUCAAAAACAGCUAGCGAUACUGUAAAAUAUCUCAACAAAACGCAUGUCUGGAUUGAAUCACACGAACAUUUAUUUAAUAAAAAAUAUACACCGUACGAUUUUGAAAACUUUAGACAUGAUGUCAUACAAAAAAAAAUACAAGCAUUGCAAAAUGAGCAAAACAAAUUAUCUAUAAAUAUUAACAGAAAGGCCGUACAAAUGUAUGAUCAAGUUCAGGUGGAUUAUAAAGACCUUAUAACUAAGAAAUCUCAGGUCGAAGAAGAUAAAAAAAAAAUACAGGAAGUUAUAGCAGAUCUAGAUGUAAAAAAAAGUGAAAGUUUGCUCGCAAUGUAUGAACAAAUUAAUGAAUAUUUCCAAGCCAUAUUCUCCACUCUUCUGAAUAAUGCACAAGCUAAAUUAAGUAUUGUAGAUGGAGAUCUCUCAAAUGGAAUAGAAAUGAAGAUUGCAUUUAAUAACAACUGGAAAGAGUCUCUAACCGAACUGAGUGGUGGUCAGAGGAGUCUCUUGGCUCUUUCAUUAAUUUUGGCUUUAUUGAAAGUGAGAACCGUUCCUAUGUACAUACUUGACGAAAUCGAUGCAGCACUGGAUUUAAAUCAUACACAGAACAUUGGAGAUAUGAUAAGAACACAAUUUCCAAAUUCUCAAUUUAUAAUUGUCUCACUAAAAGAAGGGAUGUUUUCCCAUGCAGAUGUUUUGUUUAAAAUGAGAUUUAUCGAUGGCAUUUCUACCGUUAAUAGACACGCAUUAGACAUAAGAAAAAGUUCAAACAAGGAGGUGGCUGAGAUUAAGCGUCGGAGAGUUACAAUUCAUGAAAAGGACUCGGACGACGAUUAA